GAUAUUCUGCAUCUAAUCAAGUACAGCUCAUGGGUCAGUUACCAUCAUGUCGAGUUACACCGGCGAGGCCAUUCCGCAACUGUGGCGUGGAUUUUGCUGGUCCUGUCAACAUUAGAACAGCUAAGGGUAGAGGUCAUCAUUCAUAUAAGGGAUACAUCUGUGUGUUUGUAUGCAUGGUGACUAAGGCAAUACACCUGGAGGCGAUUAGUGAUUUAUCGGCUCAAGGAUUUAUUGCUGGAUUCAAGAGAUUGGUUGCACGUCGAGGGUCAGUCGCAAACAUGUGGAGCGACAAUGGUACAAAUUUUGUCGGUGCUGCCAAGGAACUUCGCCAUUUAGUUGCAAUUGAACAGUCGUCUGCAGCAGUCGAAAUUAGAGAAUGGAUCGGUAACCAAGGUACAAAUUGGCAUUUCAUUCCUCCUCAUGCACCGAAUUUCGGAGGUCUUUGGGAGGCGGGAGUCAAGUCGACAAAAAAUCAUUUGCGCCGCGUAAUUGGUGACUCAACUCUCACCUAUGAAGAAAUGUCCACUGUACUCGCACAAAUCGAAGCGUGCCUCAAUUCAAGGCCUUUGUCUUUAAUACCAGACAAUCAUAACGACCCCAUGCCUUUGACUCUGGGUCAUUUUUUAGUUGGUGAGCCUCUGUUAUCGGUACCCGACAGGAAUUACGAGGACAGUAACAUGACAACCUUAAAGAGAUGGCAAGUAACGCAACGCAUGGUACAGUGCUUUUGGCGUCGUUGGUCUUCCGAGUACUUAACACAUCUUUUACAACGCCAUAAGUGGACAAAACAAACUCCAGAACCAAAUGUUGGUGACAUUGUUUUGGUUAAAGAGGAUGGGUUACCACCGGCAAGAUGGCUCUUAGGUAGAAUUAUAUCCAAGCAUCCGGGUAGUGACAAUCUCACUCGUGUUGUAACUCUCCGUUGCAGUGGGUCACUUAUAAAACGACCCACGUCUAAAUUAUGUAUCCUUCCCAUUGAUACUGAUUAAUUUUGUUGCUUGUAAGUUUGUAUAAUUAGAGAUGUGUUAUUCCACGGUGGGCGGUUUAGUUUAUGAAGGACAUCUAUUGAUGUCCUUGGUGGGCGGUAUGUUGUAUCAAUUUCUGAUGCAUUUUUAUAUUAUGUGCAAUUGUUGCCAUUAUCGAAACUAGAUGGCGGCACUGUGGCGCCGCGGCUCUGGGAAUCGCGGUUGCAUUGUCGUUCGUCGGAUUGCGUAUAUUGUUAAAAUAUUAUUGUAUAAAACACAAAACCCAAUUGGUCUGAAAUUAAAAUCUUUCUAUACUUCCGGCUUUAAUUUCGUACCUGAGAC